GACACAGUCGAAUCUCGGGUCUUGCCGAUAGUCUCUUGUCCUCCAUCUGCCGCCCGUCCUCGUCAGCUGGGAAGGCCAUCGGCAAACACUAGAGCAUCGUUGCAGAUGGACACAUAAAGCGAUUGACUCGCGCGGCUUGCGAGCCGCAGACUCCAAGGAGCACCACAUGUCUCGCUGCCCUACAACGACACAUUUCCUUUGGUUGUCGACAAGCAGGCACAUCUAGCUUCCAUGGGGGCGGGGCACAAGAAAGGCAUAUCCUCAUCCACGCAGGUUCACCGGCUUCACUAGCUUACUAUGCCAGGCACCAUACCGACCAUCACAGACCCUGCCAUUGUGAUCUCAGCCACAACCUCGCAGGCACCAGCGCCGCUCUUUGCCGCCUCUGGAAUUCACGAAUCGCAGCAGCAGCGCACACACGAGAGCAGCGCUACAGGCAUCGGUGCGACCCCGACCCAGACCGCGCUCCCCCUCUCAACGGCACCUGCCGAGCAGAAGUCCAUCUCCAAGGCUGCGUUGUCGGCAUCGUCCCUUGAGGCAGAAGCCCCAGCAGCAGGCGUAGGCGCAGCAUCGCUUCCGCCUUCCCACCCCGCAGCAGGCGUCUCAUCGCUCGUCGCGCAGCCUAGCGCCAACUCCGCGUUCGCACCCAGCAACCAGCCAGCACGGGUGACAAGCGAGAUGAGUCAGGUAAAGACCGGCAGCGUUGCGGCGGCCCCCAAGAAGCCGCUGGCCGACAAGGGCAAGAAGGCCAAGGGAGUCGGCGUCAAGAAGGAGCCCGACCUGGUACAGUUCGUGGAACGUGAUGGACAUUUUUCGCUUGUCAGGAACUUCCAUCUGGCCGAUGCAUUUACGCUUAUGAACGGCUUCUGUGGCGCACAGUCUCUGUUCCACUCUGCGCGCUAUCUGCUCACCAGCGAUCCGCGCCACGCGUGGUUUGCGCUCUGGUUUCCACUCUUUGGCGCCAUCUUUGACAUGCUCGACGGCAAGGUGGCGCGCUGGCGGCGCAGCUCGAGCAUGCUCGGGCAGGAGCUUGACUCGCUCGCCGACUCGCUCAGCUUCGGUGCCGCGCCCGCCUUUGCCGCUUUCACGCUCGGCCUGCGCUUACCGUUCGACACACUACUGCUGACGGUGUUUGUGUGCGCGGGGAUAGCACGCCUAGCGCGCUUCAACGUCACCACUGCCGCUGUGCCGCACGACGCGAGCGGCAAGGCUAAAUACUUUGAGGGCCUGCCAAUCCCUUCGUCGCUUGUCCUCGUCGGCGGCAUGGCUGUCUGCCUGCUUCUCGGGCGCGUCGAGGCCGGCGCGCUCAGCGUGCCGUCGUCCCCCGCCACGCCGAGCGUAUUCAACCCGCCGGACGGCGCUUACCGCUUCUAUGGGUUGCUCGCGCGCUACCUUCCCGCGCCCGCAUCCGCGUCCUCCGCUGUGCCGCUGGGGACAUUCCGGCUCGACGCAACCGCGCACGCGGCGCGUGCGCUCGGCGCCACGCUCGGCAGCGGUGGCCUUGGCGUGCUGACCCCCCAGAGCGUAGUCACAUGGAGCAGCUGCGCCGCGCUUGAGGGCCACUGGCUCUCCCUGCUUUGGCUUGUGUGGGCCAUGGCAAUGGUUAGCAAGACGCUCCGCGUGCCCAAGCCGUGAGCGCGGACAGGUGGCCCGGAAUCUGCACGUGCAGUGCCGCCGUCCGUUAAGGCCGGGAG